GGCGUGUAUCUCGCAGGGGCGGAGCGACCCGGGCAGCGCAAGUUAGAAAAGGCUGCCCAGUUAGGAAGCAGGAAACCAAUGCGUUUGGGCGGGUGGUGACAGGCGCAGGGUCCUGGGGCUGUGUGCAGGCGCUUUUGUAACAGGCAUGUCUCCAGAUGAACUCGUCUAUCUCGCAAUUCUUGCUGCUUCCAUACCUGUUGGAUUCCUCUUCCGUUACUUGAGUCCAUCGGCCAAGCAAUGGUCAGCUCUGCUCGUAGGGCUGUCCGUUACCAUAGCGACCUGCCAGAUUCACACUCUGCACUCUCUCGUCACUGUGCUGGGAACAUGGAUGAUCAUAAAGUAUAACUGGAGAGCUGCACCGUCUCUUUCUUUGGGAUGGACCUUUCUCUAUCUUCUGUUUUUCCGUCUGGCGUACCUGUUCGGUUUGCCAUCUCCAACGCCAUUCGCCAACGCAAUUCAGCUUCUUCUUACUCUUAAGAUGGUCAGUUUAGCCAAUGAAGUUCAACAAUAUCACCUGGCAAAGAAGGAGGAUGUGACAUCAUUCUCCAAGUCUCCCCUGGUUAGUGGACUGACACAGGAGCCUUCUCUCUAUGACACAGUGUCGUAUAGCUAUUGCUAUAUUGGCUUGUUGACAGGUCCCUUCUUCCGGUACCAGACGUAUGUCGACUGGCUCCAGCAGCCCUGCCCCAGGGAGCUCCCGGGUCGCAUCCCGUGCCUCCAACGCCUGAGAUUCGUGCCUCUGUACGCAGCGUUCUUCCUGAUUGUCAAUCACUACUUUCCCCUGGCUUACGUAAGGACAGAGGAGUACCUUGACCGUCAUUUCCUCUUUAGGUUGUUCUACAUGACGGCAGUGUUCUUCGUGUUCCGGAUGAGGUUUUACGCAGCUUGGUGUGGCGCAGAGGCCGGCUGUAUCAGCUCGGGGCUGGGCUGUUACCCAGAGGGGGCACAGUCCAAACCGGGAGGCGGGCCCACUGUUCAGUACAGCUCCGAUCCUACAUCAGCCUCCUAUGACUUCAGAACCAUCCAGAACAUCGACUGCUACAACACCGACUUCUGCGUCAAAGUCAGGCACGGCAUGAAAUACUGGAACAUGACUGUGCAGUGGUGGCUACAUCAGUACAUCUACGCCAAGGCACCCUUCAAAGCGUACACACUCAAGGCUGCCUGGACCAUGUUCAUCAGCGCUUACUGGCAUGGGCUCCACGCCGGCUACUACCUGUCAUUCCUCACCAUUCCUCUCUGCAUGGGGGCGGAGUCUGCUCUUGAGAGUACCGUGCGAGCCAAACUGGGUCCACAGGGUCAGAACAUCUUCGACUGGAUUCACUGGUUCCUGAAGAUGAGAGCUUAUGAUUAUAUGUGCAUGGGCUUUGUUCUGCUGAGCUUCAGUGAUACGAUCAACUACUGGAGCUCAAUCUUCUUCUGCAUCCAUGUCAUAGCUGUGAUGUGUAUGGGGUUAGGGAUGCUAUUGAAGGGAGGGAAACAGGAGAGGAAACUGGAGCGAGAGAAAAGAAAUGACGAGGAUGGGAAACUGGAAAAAAGGACUGAGGGAUAAGUGGAGACAUGUUUGCCAAAGGCUCCAGCACAAAGUCAAGGAAGGAAAACAAUUGUUGUGCGUUUUUGUAAGGUUCGUACUGCACUUGCUGUGGAAAAGGCAUUAGAGACAAAAAUCAAAACCAUUUUAUACAAUAACACAAGGGUUUUUACCAUUGAUAUGACGGUACUUGUCUCAACAUUUAGUCCUUGGUGUUUUUCAGUGCCAAUUAACACCAUAAGUAUUGCUUAGCUAAAAUGUGCAGUUUGAAGGGAUGGCGUUCAUUAUGUAGUAAACAAGCGGUGAAAUUAAAGCCAUAAUGAAGAAAUGGAAACUAAUUAAACGGUGGUGCUGGGUGAGCUGUACAAUGGCACAGUCGUUUCACGGCAUUUUUAGAGUUUACAAAGGUAUUUAUUUCGUUGUUCCUACCGAGGUAUGUGUGUAAGUGACUGCAGGGUCCUAACCCUCACGGCGAGUGUUGGAUGGUUUUCCGGGAGCUGAAACGUGAUUUUAUGCACCUUGUGGUCUUUAGUAUUAUUAGCAUUGUUACACAUCGGAACAAAAAUGUAUUGCUGAUAUUUGUACUCGCAAUGGAAUACUUUUGAAAUUGUAUGUAAUUUAAUAGCAGUUUGCCAUAUUAAUCCCCAGGUAAAAUAGUUCCGCGUGUAAAAUGAAGCUGGGGUAGCUGCAGACCUAAUAUUACAAUGAGUUUUUAUGGUAAAGGGGGUGUUUUGUAUAUAUACAAUGUUUCAGGCAGUCUCAAGGAUAUUUUUAAUAUGCUCACAUUGGAUCCCUAAUCUUUUAAAAUAAUUUUGUCUGGUGGUUGGGAUUCUUCUGUUUAAGAAAUAUUUUUAGUUUCAUGAAAGGCAGCUUUGAGAUCUCGUCCACUUUGUGUCAUGAACCUCUGAGUCUCGUCUCUUACUGCCAGUAUAUAAAACCUGCCUCCUGAACAGGGCGCCAUCGUGGCGAUAGACCAACACGUCUUUCAGCGUGUUUUCAUAACCUUCAUUUCACACAAGUACUUCCCUUCACUUAGGGGCUGAAUAAAAAUAACAAUUGAAUGAAAA